AUGACUGUCUGUGGCUUCUACCAGCGGAAUGCAUGUAAAUUCGGUGGUAAGCUCAUCCGCUAUCCUUUACAGACAACCGUCUCACGCGAAGCAGAUUCCUGCAAAUUCGAGCACCCUGGAAGUUCGCGAGAUGCAGCUCGAGGCGGAGGCGGAGGUGGAGGCGGCUUCGGCGGAAGCUCCAACCGCUUCGGUGCUUUCAACGGCGACCGCUAUCGCCCAAGUGAUAACAGCGGGACUAACUCAUUUGGUGGAAACCGUGAUCAAAAAUCAUCGACCUUCAGCUUAGACAAGGACGCUAUUCAGAUCGAUCUCGCCAAAGAGCGCCCGAUCUAUCCGCUUUCAUGCUACGGUCCAGGAAAAGAUGCUCCACGGCAGCUCAUCGAGGGGCCUGUCGAGAUCAGUCCAGAGGAGCUUCGAUCCCGGUACUACACAUUACGAGCGGCGGGCAAUGAGCCUACAGCGCAACAAGAAGAGGGAGCACUGAGCGAGAAGAUGCAGCAGCAAGUAAAGGCGAUUUUGGAUGAUAUCACAGGUGCUAUCAACUAUGUCGCAGAGGGUGCCAACGUUCAUCCCAACCGCAUCGACAUCGCCAAGGGCACUGCAGCAAGCGGAUCAGCAAGCAACCCAACUGGGUCCUCUAAUAAUGCUGCGAAUCCCUUCACGAAAGCACCAGCGAAUCCGUUCCAGACUGCUGCAGCUUCAUCUCAACCAUCCGCGUUCGGGCAGGCUUCUACACCAGGAUUCGGCAAACCGGCCUUUGGUCAACCAGCACAGACAAGUUCAACAUCGGCCUUCGGCGCUGCCUCUGCGUUGGGUAAUCUAGGAUUUGGCAAACCGGCCUUCGGUCAACCAGCACAGACAGGUCAACCUUCAGCCUUGGGCGGUGGUAGUGGAAGUGCAUUUGGGAAGCCUGCCUUUGGUGCCUCUGGGUUCAGUCAACCUUCAGCCUUGGGCGGUGGUAGUGGGAGUGCAUUUGGGAAGCCUGCUUUCGGUGCCUCCGGAUUCGGCCAACCGUCCAUGCCGGGCGCAGGAAGCGCAUUCGGCCAGACCAGCAGUAUGGGCCAGAGUUCUGGAUCUGCUUUCGGCCAGCCAUCAGCACCAGGUGCGGCGUCGGGCUUCGGCCAAGCAAACGCUCUUGGACAAAAGCCAAGCCCAUUCAGUAAACCAGGUUUUGGACAGAGCGGAUUUGGACAGGCGGCUCAACCAGGUGCCAAUGCCUCUCCUUUCAGCCAGCAAGCUUCGUCUGGCGCGUCACCAUUUAGUCAGCAAGCCUCGUCAGGCCCAUCUCCAUUCGGCCACAAAGCACAGCAAUCAAGCCAGUCUUCACCAUUCAGUCAAGCAGCCCAGCAACCAGCUCAAUCUGCACCAUUCGGCCAAGCAGCCCAGCAACCAGCUCAAAAUUCACCGUUUGGACAGCAAGCCCAACAGGUUCAGAAGCCGAAUCCGUUCGGUCAGCCUCAGCAGCCGUCUACACAAGCACCUGUACCUGCACCUGCACAGGCAAACCCUUUCGGCGGCGCCGCAGCGUCUCAAGCUCCGGCCUUCGGUCAACCAAGCAAACCGUCACCUUUCGGUACUCAACAGCCUCAGAACAACGCAACGCAGCCGGCAGCUGCCAACCCCUUCCUCAAGCCCCAAACAUCUGCCGCGCCAGCAGCUUCCACGCCUUCACCUUCUCCCUUCACCACUCAAACACAGAGCCAGCCUGGCAACCCUCCCGCCCCUAUCCAGGCUACCUCUCAGCCGGCUUCAAUAGCACAGCCUAGCUCCGCACCGCGCCCCCAUGUUGAAGGUGUUACACCAGAUGGCAAGCCCAUCGAUCCCAAGGACCGUUACAAGGAGGGCAAACCAGAAGAGUAUGAGGGCGAGCAGGGUAGGAUUCUAGAGGAGAUCUACAAGCGUGUUGCUCAGCUCGGGCGAUUCAACGAUGAUGAAGACAUACCUGUUACGCCACCGAAGUGCGAGUGGAUCGCGCCGCUUACGCUGUUGUGA